UCAAAAUUAUCAAAUUCCUUGGAAUAUUUGGCAGUUCCAUAAAACAUUUUCCUCUAAUUAUUGUCAGAAACUUAAAAGAUUUGUAACUGCUGGUCCCGUACUAUUUAUUGCUUCAUUCCUUAUUACUAAGCAACAAAAGUCACGCGUGAGAUAAAAAGACACUAUAAAAGAAGAUCCUUUGCAGUUCUCUGUUCUUGCUCCUUCUUCUUCAUCUCUCUUUAUUGAUACUGUCCGAAUAAUAAUAAAAAUUCACUCUUUUUGUCUUCUCAAGACCGAUUUAAAUACAAAUCAUUCUCCUUUUCCUCUUGAAUUUUUUUCCUUUUUGAAAAUUUCGAGUGAUUUAAGGAGGGAAAAUAAAGAGAGAAGAAACAAGAACAAAAGCAUCGUUUGCGAAUAAGACUUCUCCUACUCUCUUUUUGUUUCUCGUGUUCUUAUGACAGAUUAUAAAUAAGAUUAGGUUUUUGUCUUGUCUUGGCGAUAAUGCCUAGAGAAGGGUUUAAAGAUUUGAUUUAAAUACUCUUUUUUUGGUUUUUGUUGUUUGGGUUACGAUGCAAAGAGUACACAACAAAGCGAUUGAUUCUAUCGGAGCUUUUAAGCAUUUAAUCAAACAGAGUAACGGCGGUGACGGUGGAGUGACGGUGGCGGAUAUGCAAGAACCAAGCAUAGAGACGGAUAAGCUUAGCUACGAGAUAUUCUCGAUUCUUGAAAGCAAGUUUCUUUUCGGGUAUGAUGAUGACCCGAAGCUUAUGGAAUCAAGGAGCAGAGACCCGAGUCCGGAGCAAGAAACAGCAUCACCGGCGAUGGUGGAUUGUUUAAACGGCGUCGUUCCGGGUUCAAUUAAGAACCAGAGAGGUAAAGUUUGUGUUUUGAGUAUCGAUAGUGGUGGAAUGAGAGGGAUUAUACCUGGAAAAGCUUUGGCGUAUUUAGAACAUGCUCUGAAAUCAAAAUCGGGUGACCCGAAUGCCCGAAUCGCUGAUUACUUCGACGUAGCUUCCGGUUCCGGUAUCGGUGGGAUUUUCACGGCGAUGCUUUUCGCGUCGAGUGAUGGUAACCGUCCGAUCUUCAAAGCGGAGGACACGUGGCGGUUUUUAGCUAAGAAAGGUAAAAGCUUUUACAACAAAUCACCACCGGGGAUACUAAACCGGGUUAUGAAAACCGGGUCUGGUGGUUCGGGUGGGUCGGGUUCGAAGCUUGAGAAAGCGAUGAAGGAGUCGUUUGAGGAGCUUACGCUUAAGGAUACGCUUAAACCGGUUUUGAUCCCUUGUUACGACCUUACGAGCUCUGCACCGUUCUUGUUCUCACGUGCUGAUGCGUUGGAAACGGACGGUUAUGAUUUUAAGCUGUGGGAGGUUUGUAGAGCUACGUGGGCUGAGCCAGGAGUGUUUGAGCCGGUGGAGAUGAGAUCAGUUGAUGGUAAGACGCGGUGUGUGGCGGUUGAUGGUGGUUUAGCUAUGAGUAAUCCUACGGCUGCAGCGAUUACUCAUGUGUUGCAUAAUAAGCAAGAGUUUCCGUUUGUUAGAGGUGUUGAGGAUUUGCUUGUGUUGUCACUUGGUACGGGACAGUUGGUUGAUGUUAAGUAUGAUUGUGAUAAGGUUCUGAAGUGGAAGGCUAAGCAUUGGGCUCGGCCUGCGGUUCGGAUUUCUGCUGAUGGAGCGGCUGAUACUGUGGAUCAGGCUGUUUCCAUGGCGUUUGGUCAGUGUAGGAGGAGUAACUACGUCCGUAUUCAGGCGAAUGGAUCAAGCUUUGGUCCGUGCAAACCAAACAUAGACACAGAUGCGAGUCCAAGUAAUGUGAAUAUGCUUGUGGGAGUAGCAGAGGAGAUGCUGAGGCAAAAGAACGCAGAGUCUGUUCUGUUUGGUGGUAAAAAAAUCAAUGAAGAAAGCAAUUAUGAGAAGCUGGAUUGGUUAGCAGGUGAACUCGUGCUCGAACACCAGAGGAGGAGUUGCAGAAUCGCUCCCACAGUAGCGUUCAAGCAAUCCGGCGACAGAAGAGUCGAUCAACAGACCAUUUUCAAGGAUAUUGAUUGUAUGUUUUGAAGAUUUUUAUAUUGUAUAGAUUUGUGUUUAAGUUCGGAGAAGAAAGCAAACAUUAUCUUCGAAAUAGGCUUUUAUUAAUCUUAAAGAUAUGUGUUAUUUUGGUUUUACUAAUUUGUUAUUUUCCAUUGACU